AUGGCAGAGGAACAGGUCACUGUGGUGCUGACUGGAACAAAGGGGCUCAAAAGGGUUCAGUGUGGUGACUUCCCUCAUCUCUUGGUGUAUGGACCGUCAGGAGCUGGAAAAAAGACAAGAAUAAUGUGUUUGUUAAGGGAAUUAUAUGGUCCAGGAGUGGAAAAACUGAGGAUUGAGCAUCAGAGUAUAACGGCACCUUCUAAAAAGAAAAUUGAAAUUAGCACCAUUGCAAGUAAUUAUCACCUUGAAGUUAACCCAAGUGAUGCAGGAAACAAUGACCGUGUAGUAAUUCAGGAACUCUUGAAGACAGUAGCACAAUCCCAGCAGCUUGAGACAAGUACUCAACGAGAUUUUAAAGUGGUGCUGUUAACAGAAGUCGACAAACUCACUAAAGAUGCUCAGCAUGCCUUGCGAAGAACGAUGGAGAAGUACAUGGCAACCUGCAGGUUAAUCCUGUGCUGCAACUCCAUGUCAAAAAUUAUAGGACCUAUUCAAAGCAGAUGCCUGGCUGUAAGAGUGCCUGCUCCCAGCGUUGAGGAUAUCUGCCAUGUCUUAUCCAGUGUGUGUAAGAAAGAAGGCCUAACUCUUCCUCAGGAACUGGCUCAAAGGAUUGCAGAGAAAUCUGGCAGGAAUCUUCGGAAGGCACUACUUAUGUGUGAGUCCUGCAGAGUACAACAGUAUCCUUUUACUGCUGAUCAAGAAAUUCCUGAGAUGGACUGGGAAGUUUAUUUGAGAGAAACUGCAAAUGCUAUUGUUGGUCAACAGACACCACAAAGGCUUUUAGAGGUCCGUGGACGGCUCUAUGAACUCCUGACACACUGUAUUCCUCCUGAGAUUAUAAUGAAGGGCCUCCUGACAGAACUUCUAAAUAACUGUGAUGGACAACUGAAAGGAGAAGUUGCAGAGAUGGCAGCCUUCUAUGAACACCGCCUGCAGCUGGGCAGCAAAGCCAUUUAUCACCUAGAAGCAUUUGUAGCAAAGUUUAUGGCCAUUUACAAGAAGUUUAUGGAGGAGGGGCUAGAUGAAAUGAUCUUCUAACUCUGAAGCCCGAAGUCAUACAUGGAAU